GAGCCGCGCCCUGCGCCACGCCACUCAAGUUGCCGACGAUGCUGGACCCGCGCGAGACGUUCUCGGGCGUCAUGGGCGCCUUCUGCUGCGUGUACGCGGGGCUGCCCUUCGAGGUGGUGAAGGUGCGGCUGCAGACGCAGGGCACCGCCAACGCGUACAAGGGCGUGACCGACGCCUUCCGCCGCAUCGCCACGGAGGAGGGGGUCUUCGCGCUGUGGAAGGGCGCGGUGCCGGCGCUGUCCAGCUCCAUCAUCGAGAACUCGGUGCUCUUCAGCGCCAACGGCUUCGCCAAGCGCGCCGUGCUGGCGCUGCACACCAAGCAGCGCGCCGCGCACGAGGGCGAGUACCAGCUGACGACGUUGGACGAGGCGCUGAUGGGGGGAUUCGCCGGCUGCUUCUCCGCCACGGCCAUCACGGUGCCGGAGAACAUCAAGUGCAAGCUGCAGUUCCAGCGCGGCCACUUGGGCGAAGGACGCUACCACGGACCCUUGGACUGCUUGGUGCAGGUAGCCAAAGAGGACGGCAUCCGUGGUCUGUUCCGGGGGUACUCGGCGCUGCUUCUGCGCGACGUGCCGUUCAGCUUCUUCUUCUUCGGAUCGUACCAAGCCAUCACAUCGGGCGCGGCUAAGGCGCUGGGCAAGGAGUCCAAGAAUGAUCUCAACCCCGUCACCAUUCUCGCCAGUGGUGGUCUCGCCGGUGCUACUAGUUGGGCCAUCAUGUUCCCGGUAGACGUGCUCAAGUCGCGGAUGCAGACGGCCAGCUCCACGGGCCCGCUGUCGCUGCGCGGCGCCUUCCGCGCGGUCUACUCGGAGUUCGGCAUCCACGGCUUCUACCGCGGCUGGUCGGCGGCCGUGAUGCGAGCGUUCCCGGCCAACGGCUCGCUGUUCCUGGGUGUGGAGAUGACGCACCGCGUCUUCCGCUGGUACGACUCGAGGCACGCCGCCGCUUGA